UCCUCCUUUAAAUAUAAUACGCCUGGAAACUCUGCAGACCAUGGCAUUUUCUGCCAUUUACUUUUUGGAUAACAAAGGACAGGUUCUCAUCUCCCGCAAUUAUCGAGGGAAUGUUGCAAUGUUGAUGAUUGAGAAUUUCAUGCCUUUACUUCUAAGCAAGGAGGACAAUGGGUCCUUAAGCCCAAUUUUGCAGCAAGACGAUGUCUAUUUUUUGUGGAUUAAAUACAAAAAUAUUUACAUGGUAUCUACAGUGAAGAGAAACACCAACAUUUCAUUAUCUUUUGCAUUCCUUUACAAAGUUAAACAGAUCUUCAUCGAGUACUUUGGAGAUCUUGAACAAGAGAGUAUACAGGACAAUUUUAUUCUAAUGUACGAGCUUCUUGAUGAAAUUAUGGACUUUGGUUACCCCCAGAUCACUGAGACAGCCAUAUUGCAGGAAUACAUUACACAGGAAGGUUAUAAAUUGCAGCAGGGAGCACCUAGACCUCCAGCUGCUGUCACCAAUGCAGUAUCCUGGAGAUCUGAAGGAAUCAAGUAUCGGAAGAAUGAACUUUUCAUGGAUGUCAUUGAGUCUAUUAACUUCCUGGUUAAUGCUCGUGGCUCUGUUGUUCACAGUGAGAUUUUGGGACAGAUUCUGCUGAACUGCUGUUUGAGUGGGAUGCCAGAAGUCACUUUGUGUUUCAAUGACAAUGCUCUUUUCAACCAGAACCAAAGAGGAAAUGCUAAUGUAGUGGACUUUGAGGACACAAAAUUUCAUUCUUGUGUACGGCUGUCUCGCUUUGAAAAUGAACGUGUCAUCUCCUUCAUCCCACCAGACAAGGAAUUUGAGCUGAUGUCAUAUCGAGUCACCAAUCGAGUCCAACCAUACCUACUUGUUGAAGCAAAUGUGCAGCGAUACACACACAGCAGAAUAGAAAUCACAGCAAAGGUUAAAGGAAAGUUUAAAGAGCGUCUGACUGCUACAGAUGUUGCCAUCAUCAUUCCUGUCCCCACCGAUGCCUCGUCUCCAAAAUUCAGCACAACUAAAGGUUGCAUAGAAUGGGUACCUGAGGACAGUGUUAUCAUCUGGUCUAUAAAUUCUAUUCAGGGAGGAAAAGAAUUUAUGAUGAAGGCCCAUCUGGGACUGCCAAGUGUCGAGGCAGAAGAACCUGAAGCAAAACCUCCAAUCAGAGUAAAGUUCAAAAUCCAAUACCUAGCAGCAUCAGGAUUGCAGAUCAAGUACGUACGAAUAAUUGAAAAGUCCACUUAUCAGGCAAUAUCCUGGGUCAGAUGCCUAACAAAAAGUGGAGAUUUCGAAAUUCGGAUUUGAAGUUUUCUACUUCUAAAUUCCACUUUGAGCAGAGGAUUUUAACUGUGAACAUCAUUCAUAAGAUUUCAAUAAAACAUGAGUUCUGGUGUCCCAAAUUGCAUGAAAUGAUUUGCUCAAGACUGAAGUGUACAGUAUAUUCACAAUUCCAGCUGAAGAUUUUUAAAAAUUUUGGACUGAAACAGGAAUUAAUGAGUAAUGGUAGUCACUUUUAUUAAAGAAAAGUCAGAAUUGUUCAUUUGAAUCCAUUUUAUGCCUUGUGAUUUUGUUUAGAAUAUGUAUUGUGGGGUAAGAUUAGAACUAGCCACUCAUGCAACCAGUUCUUAUCUACACUAUAUUAAAUUGUUUUAUGCCAUCAGAGGCAUUAUU